AUGGAGCCCAGUGUCGACAAGGGCAAGCUCCCUUCUGAAGCGGAACCUGAUGAGACGCGCCAGGGACCCAGCUCUGUCGACAUGGACGAGCUCAACCGGAUCUUGCGCAAAUCCGUCGACGAGCCGCCACGUGCUCGACACAAGUUCUCACCAGGCACAGCUGUUCUACUUAUCUUCUACACAGUGGUUCAUAUCGCGUUCAUCCAGCCCGUAUCUUUGAUCCUAGGUCGCCAGUUCCUCGUCCCCAUCAUCUUCAUGCUCCUUAUCAAGCUCACCGCCACAACCUAUCUGGAAGAGGUGGUAAAGAUGUACGACCAGUACAUCGAUCAAAUCAAGGACUUGGCAAGCCUUUCGCUCGAACUGGCACAUAAGUAUGAAGAAGCGGCGCAAGAGAACGGGGAAGCGUUCCGCAUGUUUCACCAAGAAGCAAAUGAGAUGCGUCUAAGAUACUAUGAAGCCUACUUGGAUCACUACCAGACUCUCAUCGGUUACAUUGAGCCUAUCGUCAGGAAGGUCAAAACCCUAGCUGCGCCGCCUAAAGUCAAGGGCGCAAGGAGGAAUGGCUGCAAUCGCAACAAGAACGACAACAACGCUCUUACGGAUACCCUAGAGGACUUCGCUGCAGCACUGAAACAAAGGCAGACCACGACCAGGCUACAGAUUGUAGUGGCGGAGAAGAUCAAGGACAUACUCGAUCGCGAGGGCUUGGUACCGGAAGAGAUUGAUCGACUAGUGGAUGAGGCGGAAGAGGAUCUGGAGCGUGCGCAGGAAGCUUCGGUUACUCAGACUCAAUCCCCGGGUUCUGGUACCUCCAGUUCUAUCGCGUUGUCAUCACCGGUCGUUGAGAGCGUUGAUAGCAAGCUGGAGAAGCAUUUCGGGGACUUGGAUAGGUGGUUCCAGAGUGUGCGGGAUCGGCCUGUUGUCGCAGACGAGAGCUGA